CCGGAAGGCGCGCGCAGCCUGCGGCCGCCGCACGGAACAAGCCCUCGCCGGGACCCCAGCUGCCGCGCUCCUCCCCGCGGGCCCCCGGGCGUCCGGCGCCGGCGCAGCGGCCUGUUCGCGCUCGCCGAGCCUCUCGCGGCCGCUGCCGUGCGGCCUGCGUCGCUUCCGGUUGUUACCCGACCAUCGGCUAUGGCCGCCGCGGGGGGCGCCCGGCUCCUGCGCGCCGCGUCCGCGGCUCUAGGCGGCGCGGCCCGUCGUUGGCAGGUCGUCGCCGGACCCCGCGCGGCACCGGGCCGGGGCGGCGGCGCGGGGGGGCUGGCCCGGACGCUGAGCAUGUCGGCGCCGGCGCGGAGCAGCUCAGAAGAUAAAAUAACAGUCCACUUUGUAAACCGUGACGGUGAGACAUUAACAGCCAAAGGAAAAGUUGGUGACUCUCUACUAGAUGUUGUGAUUGAAAAUAACCUAGAUAUUGAUGGUUUUGGUGCAUGUGAGGGAACCUUGGCCUGCUCCACCUGUCACCUCAUCUUUGAAGAGCACAUAUUUGAGAAGUUAGAAGCAGUCACUGAUGAGGAGAAUGACAUGCUCGAUCUGGCGUAUGGACUAACAGAUAGAUCUCGGUUGGGCUGCCAAAUCUAUUUGACAAAGUCUAUGGACAAUAUGACAGUUCGAGUACCUGAUGCUGUGGCCGAUGCCAGACAAGCCGUGGAUGUGGGCAAGAACUCCUAAGCAAGAAUAAAUUGGAAUAUUUUCACAAAAUUUUACCUAUUUUUAUAAUUAUUAUUUCUUAAUGUAAUUACGUGAGAACAUUGGUGAAGGGGUUUAUUAUGAUUAGCCUUACCACUUUAAUUGACCUUCCAUAACUACUGCAUUUUGUAGUUCUCAAAGUAUGCAGUCUUUAUUUUGGUUAACUUAUAAAAAGCAAAUCAAAUAUUAGAAAAUACUUAGUAUUAUAGAACCUUACAUAUUUUACCUUAUGUUUGUUUAGCAACUUUAGCAAGAUAUUUUCACCUAAAUCUUAUGCCUAAUUAUGUGUAAGUUAGGUUAAAAAAAGGUAUUAUUUUCCCUGUUAGAUUGGGUGAAGGCAGAGAUCUAAAAUGGCUUAUCUAGAGCCAUAGAACAAAUUAGAAAAUAUGUAUUAGAACCCAUAUCUUCUUACUACAAGUUACAUGGUCAGACUGAAACUAGAGAAAUUAGGAAUAUAAUGGACAAAACUAAUCGCUCAGUAAACCGCUUAAUUUCAAAGACUAUGACUGCCUUCUAAAUAAAUAUUUCAGAAUUUUGAUUCAGUGAAAAGUGUCUGGACUUCCCCAUAGCUGGGGGCUGGUUUCCAAGAGCCAGCACCCGCGAGGGAGCUGAGGGGCCAGGCAGAAGCAGUGACUUAGUUCUGGAAGUCACACACUAUCACUUCUGCCUCUUCUUUUCAUGAACAGUGAGGCACGGAGUCUGGCCCAUCAUUUGAAGAGAGGGUGUCAGAGAACUUGCAGACAUGGUUUAAAGUCACCACAGUAAUCCUUACUUUGAGGUUAGCUUUCUGGCGCAUUACUGCCUGAGAAGACUGGUCUUCUAACAGUGUUCUAAACGUUUCAAGAAGGGCUGGAUUUCGCUCUUACGUUGCAUUUUGAAAGAUUCUGUAUUAUGAUGGUUCAUUGGUUUUAUUCUAUAACUCCCAACAGUUUUCUUCCUGACAGUUGGUUAAAAUCCGAGAGAAUAAUGGUGGGUUCCUUUUCAAUGCUGUAUAAUUUUAGUUAACAUUUCUCUGCAUUUUGCCAUCAAGAAAGGCAGCUUCCUUUGGCAUAACAGUAUAUAUAAUUGUUGGUUACCUGCUAACACUUAAUAUUGUAUUUGGUUUUCACAAAUAAAACCAACCUGUAGUUACAUAAGUAAUUCAGAACUGCUGAAUUAGUUUUUCAAGUGAACGAUUCUAAGAAUUUUGAAAACCUCUUACCUAACUUUCACUGUGAAAUAGUCUAAUUUUUGUCUUAAAGGACAGUUUUCUUAUUUUCUUUAUAACUUUAAAUAUGGUCAUCCAUGUGGUUUCUAUCGUAGUCAUUUAGCAUUUAUCAGAACAAUUACAUUUUGCUUAAAAAAUCGUUUUCUAAGGGGGAACUUAGAUUCAUUGUAUGUUUUCCCAUCUUUUUCUUCUUUUUUACAACUAUUUUAAUUGGUGUCCUGCUCUUGAACUCCCUGAAAUGCUGUGGUCAACCACACUUUGGAUCAGAAUUUGUUAGAUGGACUUCUUAUUUAUAGGCUAACUUAUCACUCUCUAAAUUAAAAAAUAGAAAUAA